AUGACCUCCACUCCCACGGGCCCCGGCACUGCUGCUGCUGCUGCACACCCCACGCAUCCGCAGAAGGUCGAGAAGCCCACGCUCACCGGCACGCGCAUCAAGCAGCGCAAGGGCGUCGUCAAGAGCCAGGCAAAGUUCGAGCCCGAGGCUUUCCGUGACGCACUCUACAAGUACUUCGACGGCGUCUCGGCCGCCGACGACUGGGACGGGUUUGCCUCUGCGCUGGACAAGGCGGGCAACACCCUCGACUACCGCAAGUACAGCGACCAGCUCUUCGAGAUCCUGAUUGCCGGCGGCCUCCUGGCUCCCGGCGGCUCGCCUCUCGAUGAUGCGCCCAACUCGGUCUUCUCGGUCUUCGCGGCCAAGACGGCGACUCUUGAGCAUGUCAAGCCCGUCGUCACGACGAUCGACAAGGUGAUCCGGCGCUACAAGUUCCUGCAGAAGCCGCUCGAGGAGUCGACGAUGCGCUACCUGCUGCAGUACAUUACGCGCUUCGAGCCCGAGCAGCGCGAGAAGCUCGCCAUCGCCACGGGCCUCUUCAUCCAGCAGUCGCUCGUCGCGGCCAACGUGCUGACCGUGCUGCAGAAGGAUGCGCUGGCCAAGGACGACCUGGCCAUCACCUUCUUCGACCAGGUGUGCAAGACGUACCUGGCCGAGGGCAACAUGGACGCGCUGGGCUCGGCGCUGCGCAAGGGCGGCAUCAAGGAUGCGCUGCCCUUCUUCCCGCAGACGAAGCGCGCGCAGGCCAACCUGGUCUCGAGCCACUUCUCCGGCGUCGGCCUGGCGCCCGUGGGCGAGUACUUCCAGAAGCGUGCCGCCAAGGACCUGCGCGACAGCAUCGUGCAGCGCCUGCGCGAGAUGCGCGGCAGCGUCAGCGACACGCCCGAGGAGAGCGACGAGGCGGCGCGCGAGGAGAUCAUCGACUUCCUCAAGGAGUCGCGCACCAAGAUGGCGGUGGCGCCUGAGGACUUUGUCACCGUCGCGUGGGACGGCCUCAUGAAGGACCAGCCCGUGGAGCGCGCCGCCAAGCUCGCCAAGGCGUACGCGCCGAUCCUCGAGCCCUUUGCGCAGACGCCCAAGGCUCAGAUUGCGCUCAUCAACCAGAUCCAGCUGCAGCUGUACGCCGAGGCCGCCGUGGCCAACUUUGUGCCGUUCCUCAAGGUGCUCUACUCGGCCGACGUCGUGUCGGACUCUGCCAUCAUCUUCUGGCACCAAAAGGGUCACAAGCCCCAGGGCAAGAGCGAGUUCCUGGCUGCCGCUGCGCCGCUCGUCAAGUUCCUGGAGGAGCAGUCCGACGACGAGGAGUAAGCGCGCGCGCCUCCUUGCCGCCUCGCAGCCUUCAUCCUCUUGCACGUCCGGCUUCGUGUGCACCUCAAUCGACC